CUCAUUGAUCAAUAUUUUUUGUUCAAGGUUUGGUUGUCUUUUAUUUCGCCGUCAAACAGUGUAAUAAAUUAUGAAAAGUUAACAUCAAUCCUUAAAAGCGUUGCUGAUAGAAGAUUUCAAAUAAUAUUGCACAUUUCAAAUAACGUGCAUGUUUCUUGGUUUUGCAAAAAAUAUGGCGUUUAAUUAUACAACUUGUUUAUUAAAAACAUGUAAAAAUGUAAAAAAAAUGUGUUUAUCGUUAUCUAAAUUUGUAAAACUGGCUGUUCCAUUGACACGUGACGGUUUCUUAGCAACCAGAUGCGUGUGGUAACGAGGGGCUACUGGAUAGGCCUAAAAAGUGUCUUCUGAAUCUGCAACAUCUUAAAUCGGGUCGUGUGUUUACUUCUGGCUGGCAACGAGAAAUGUCAACGGCGAACGAGAUGUCUAACGUUACUCGAGCCCCAUUUGAUGUGGCUGAAAAAGAAACACACGAUGCCAAAGAACAGGAAAGCACGAUGGAUAACCAAAUGAAGAAAGACUUGUUAGAUGACAAUAAAGAAAGAAAACGGGAGGAUAAAAAGGAAGGAACCGAAAGAUCUGAACUAUCCAUUCAAGAGGGAACUGUGGACUCUCAAGUUUACACCGCAACAUCUUUGCCUGCCAUUCCUCAUGAGGCCAGAACCAAGACUUACCCAUUGAUCCUUGAUCGGGCCUAUGGGAUCAACCAAACUUUACCUGUCUUCAGCCUGCAAGAUGAAGACAGGCUUGUCAUCCUAUAUGCUUGUGCUCACGUUGCUGUCAUGUUUGAUCACACGUCAAACAGUCAGCAUCUGUUACAAGGCCAUUGCAGUCCAAUCACCAGCUUGUGUGCUAGUGAGGAUAGACGCUGGCUUGUGACAGCUGACAUGGGCCAAGAGAGUCUUGUUAUCAUAUGGGACUCUUACACAGGAAUUCCUGUGCGGACAAUGUUUGAUUGUCAUCCCGAGGGUGGAGUUUCUGCCUUGGCACUAUCAAAUGAUUCAAAAUAUCUGGCAACUGUAGCUGGAACAGCACAGCAGGUGUGUAUUUGGGAUUGGACAGAUGAAAGCAAUAGCCCAAAAUGUCGAGCUGACAUCAGCCCAAAAUAUGGUUUUCAGAAUCAGAUACUUUUCCAUCCCUCUGACAGCACACAGUUGCUCAGCAACAGUGAAAGUCAAGUUCUCUUCUACAACUGGGAAAGGGAUUGUUUGGAAUACUCAGCUCCUGAUAUUUCUAAGAAGACAUUUAAUGUGGUGUUGGGCUCGCUGAGCCAGUCCAUGUUCCUCUGUGAUGGUGUGCAGGCUUUAACAGCCACCUCAAAGGGGAAUAUAGUUAUUUGGGACAAGCAAAGUGAAUCAGACUCAUGUCAACCCCUGAUCUGGAAAGCCACCAAAGUCAUUCCUCUCCAGAAUGCAGGAAUCACUGUGUUAACCCUGAUCGACAGUUUCCUGGUCACAGGCGAUGUAAAUGGACACAUCAAAUUCUAUGAUGAAAAACUCAAGCUCAUCAGUUUGUACAGUCAAUAUAGUUUGGAUCCUAUCAGGUCCAUCUCCUUUUCCAAAGAAAUACCCUCCACUGAUGGUCCAGAAUAUAAGGAAGACUGCACAAUGAAUGCCAAACCAUUAAUUAUAAGAAAUUUUGUGGUAUCUACAACUCAAGCAACUUUAGUACACGUGAACGCACAGAAAAAUGUACUAAAGACUCUUCUGAAGGAACAUGCAGAACCUCUGGAAGCAGUUGCUUGUCACCCCAAACAACCACUAGUAGCUAUGGGCAGCCACAGCGGCAUUAUUAAGGUUUGGGAUUAUGAGCGUAAAGAGGCAGUUUGCAGCCGAGUCUUCCAGGCCCACAAGAAGAUCCAGUGUAUUACCUAUGAUCCACAAGGUUUUUACUUGGCGGUGGGCUUUGCUAGUGGUGCUUUGCAAAUUCUUGAUGCCCUUACCCUUCAGAGUGAAGACCAGUUUCUGCACCACAGUCAGGAUGCAAUAACCCAUCUCACUUUCUCCCAAGACUCACUUUACCUGGCAGCUGCGGACACUGGAAAGGCUGUGACAUUGCUGCGCCGGUAUAAAGAAAGUACGCCAGAGAUUUGGAUUUACCAGGGCAGACACCAUUCCCAUUACAAACCCAUUCAAGACCUACUCUUUGGAGUGGAUUUAGAUAGCAAUCAAUCUCGUCUCCUCUCCCUGGGCAUGGAUCGCAAGCUGGUGGAGUAUGAUCUUCUGAACAGUGGCCAAAAUGAGCUGAUGAUUUUGAGUUCUGAUCGGAUCGAUCAGAGUGCUGUGCCCACUUGCAUGGUGUGGUAUCCUCCUCUGACACCUGAGCACUUCCUCCUUACAGCUUCCAACAUGUAUAAAAUAAAGCUCUUUAAUGCCACUUCGAAAAUGUGCAGGAAAACAGUCCUUGGGCCCUUGAAUGGUUCUUCGGUAAAAAAGAUGGCCAUCCUACCAGCAUCUAAAGAUGGAGAUCCCAAUUCUCGUUACAUGGCAUAUAUUACACAAGAUAAGAUUGGCAUUCAGAUUCUGCCUCUGGAUGGAAACCCCCACAAGUCCUUCGCAACUAUCUGUCACCCAACAGGCGUCUCUGCUCUGGCCUGUUCUUAUGACGGUAGAUAUGCUUUCACUGCAGGAGGACCAGACUGCACUGUUUUCUCAUGGGAGCUGAGUUUAUCAUCACUAGAGGCAUUGGCUGCUCUAGGAGGUAAAGAUAUAAUGCCCUUCUACAGUCUUCUGGAGGGUGGGAGAGAGGGACAGCUCUUCAAGGAAAUGGAGGAAUAUUUUUACUACUGUCAAUUACAAAAUCAGGAUAUCAACACCAUGGAAACACGGCUCGUGUCCACACGCAUCCCUCUAUCUGACAUCCCCUUCCUAAUGAGAACGCUUAACUUCUAUCCAACAGAGCAGGAGCUGGAAGACAUGCAGAACGAGGUGAAGUUUAGCCGCUAUGCUGAGACCGGAAAUUAUGUGACGGACAUUGACCUGGAAGACUUUAUUAAGCUCUAUGUCAACCACCGGCCUGCCUCUGGCAUUUUUAGACAGGAGUUGCACAAUGCCUUCCAGAUGCUUGGAAGGCCAGAUGGAAGGGAUAGAUAUACUAUUCCCAGAGAUGAACUGCUGGAAUUACUACAGACUAGAGGUGAACAUAUGACAGAGGAUGAGUUGGCUGAAUGUUUUACUACUAUUCUAGGUAUAACAUCAGGAAGCUGCACAGAUUCAGAAUCUCAGCUGGACAGUGUGCUUCCCUCUGAAAUCAGCAUGGAGGCUUUUGCCAAAGAUAUAAUGGGGUUUUCAACAGGCACCCUGGAACUUCAUCAAGAGGAAACUUAAUCUAAUAUGUUAAAUCUAGUUUUAGUGACAUAACUGUUGUUUAUAGCUUGUGUAGUGGUGCGAUAUUACAUUUUAUGUGAUUACUGGUCUGUUGUUUCAGUAUAACGUUAAUCCUCAGUUACGAGGACGUCAUGAGUCCUAUAAAAAAUAAACUUUAUUUAAAAGACUAA